AUGAUCAGUAGCACCAGUGUUUAUGGCUUGAAGAUGCAGUGGACGCCGGAGCAUGCCCAGUGGCCAGAGCAGCACUUUGACAUCACCUCGACCACGCGGUCUCCCGCCCACAAAGUCGAAGCCUACCGAGGUCAUUUGCAGCGCACCUAUCAGUACGCCUGGGCAAACGACGACAUCUCUGCCCUGACUGCAUCCAACCUGCUCAAAAAGUAUGCCGAGAAGUACUCUGGCAUCUUGGAGGGCCCCGUGGACCGACCUGUACUCAGCAACUACUCGGACGCACCGUCGGGACUGGUGAACGGUCGGAAAAAUGAAAACGAACCCUGGCAGCCGUCCUUGAACUCGGAAGCCGUAUAUCCCAUGAACUGUGUCCCAGACGUGAUCGCGGCCAGCAAAGCUGGAGUCGGGUCGGCCCUCCCUCCGGCAGAUGUCUCUGCGAGCAUCGGGAGCUCUCCCGGGGUGGCCAGCAACCUGACGGAACCCAGCUAUUCCAGUAGCACCUGUGGAAGCCACACUGUACCUAGUCUCCACGCAGGCCUCCAGUCUCAGGAAUACGCCCCCGGAUACAACGGAUCUUAUUUGCAUUCUACGUACAGUGGCCAGCCAGCACCUGCACUUCCCUCGCCUCAUCCUUCUCCUCUGCAUAGCUCUGGGCUCCUCCAGCCUCCGCCGCCUCCUCCCCCGCCACCCACCCUGGUCCCAGGCUACAACGGGACUUCCAACCUCUCCAGUUACAGCUACCCCUCUGCCAGCUAUCCCCCCCAGACUGCUGUGGGGUCUGGGUAUAGCCCCGGGGGGGCGCCCCCUCCUCCCUCAGCAUACCUGCCUUCAGGAAUCCCGGCUCCCACCCCCCUACCCCCCACCACGGUCCCCGGCUACACCUACCAGGGUCACGGCUUGACACCCAUCGCACCCUCUGCCCUGGCAAACAGUUCAGCGAGCUCCCUCAAAAGAAAAGCUUUCUAUAUGGCGGGGCAGGGCGACAUGGACUCCAGUUAUGGAAAUUACAGCUAUGGCCAACAGAGAUCCACGCAGAGCCCCAUGUACAGAAUGCCCGACAACAGCAUUUCAAACUCAAACCGGGGGAAUGGCUUUGACAGAAGUGCUGAAGCAUCAUCCUUAGCGUUUAAGCCAACGAAGCAGCUCCUGUCCUCUGAGCAGCAGAGGAAAUUCAGCAGCCAGUCCGGCCGGGCGCUGACCCCGCCCUCCUACAGCACUGCUAAAACCGCGCUGGGCUCCCGGGCCAGCGAGCCCUUCGGGAAGUACACGCCGCCGGUCAUGAGCGAGCACGGGGACGAGCGCAGGCAACUCCUCUCGCACCCCAUACCGGGCCCUGGGCUCCGUGCAGCUACCUCAUCCAACCACUCCGUGGACGAGCAACUGAAGAACACUGACACGCAGCUCCUUGACCUGGUCACCAACGAGAUCAUCACCCAGGGACCCCCCGUGGACUGGAGUGACAUCGCCGGCCUGGACCUGGUGAAGGCCGUCAUUAAAGAGGAGGUGUUGUGGCCGGUGUUGAGAUCCGACGCAUUCAGCGGGCUGACGGCCUUACCUCGGAGCAUCCUUUUGUUCGGGCCUCGGGGGACAGGCAAGACGUUACUGGGCAGGUGCAUAGCCAGUCAGCUGGGGGCCACGUUCUUCAAAAUCGCCGGCUCCGGACUCGUCGCCAAGUGGCUGGGGGAGGCAGAGAAGAUCAUCCACGCCUCUUUCCUCGUGGCCAGGUGUCGCCAGCCCUCCGUGAUCUUUGUCAGUGACAUUGACCUGCUCCUCGCCUCUCAAGUGGGCGAGGAGCACAGUCCCGUCAGUCGGAUGAGAACCGAGUUCCUGAUGCAGCUGGACACUGUACUCACGUCGGCUGAGGACCAAAUCGUAGUCAUUUGUGCCACCAGUAAACCCGAGGAAAUAGAUGAAUCUCUCCGGAGGUACUUCAUGAAACGACUUUUAAUCCCACUUCCUGACAGCACAGCGAGGCACCAGAUAAUAGUACAACUGCUCUCACAGCACAAUUACUGUCUCAACGAAAAGGAGUUUGCACUGCUCGUCCAGCGCACAGAAGGCUUCUCUGGACUCGACGUGGCUCAUUUGUGUCAGGAAGCGGCGGUGGGCCCCCUCCACGCCAUGUCAGCCACAGACCUCUCAGCCAUCAUGCCCAGCCAGCUGAGGCCUGUCACGUACCAAGACUUUGAAAACGCGUUCUGCAAGAUUCAGCCUAGCAUAUCUCAAAAAGAGCUUGAUAUGUAUGUUGAGUGGAACAAAAUGUUUGGUUGCAGUCAGUGA